AAACUUGUAAAUAAACUUUUAAAAUAAUAUGUAUGUGAAUGUAAAAGUUUAAUCAUUUGUUUAGCAUUAUCUUAGAGGUUUAGUUUAAUAGAGGGCAUAAAAUAUGUAUAGGAAAGUAACAAAUCUUUGGCAAGCUCACACUUUAUCUCUGUAUUUCUAAAUUAAUGUUUUUACACCUUUUCCUAGUACUCGUAUAUUUUAUCCACUAUGUAUAUGACAAAUGAAGUAGAAAAUGCGUCAUGGUGGAGCAGCACAAGCACUGAAGCGACCUCAUUAACUUAGUUGAGUUGCGCGAAAUGAUCCUAUUCUUUCAUGAAAUUUUCUAUAACCCCGGCAUGAAACUACAUUAAAUGCUAGGUUAUAUACGACUAUAAAUAUAUGAUUGCAGAUAUUUUAUACUCUAAUUCAACCAAUAGUUAGUUUUAUUUAUUUAUUAAUAAAAUGUACAGUAGCUUUUACUAAUACUAUUUUAUGUAAACGUUAUUAAAAUUAUAAUUUAUAAUGUCUGCAAGCAAUUCAGAAGAUAUAAUAAUUCUGGAUAAUGAGGACCAAGAUAUUGGAGAAAGUGAAAUUGCUGCUAUUGAUUAUGAAUUAAAACAAAUUGAAACUGAAAUACAAAAACUUGAGGAUCGUAAGAAGAUUUUGGUUCAACGAAAGGAGAAAUUACGAGAUGACGCACUUUUAAAGAAAAGUUUAUAUGUAUCAAAGAAGGAUUGGAAUAAAGAAGAUUUUAGUUGGUCCAAAGACUUGAGGAAAGCUUUGAAAGAUGUUUUUAAAAUUGACAAAUUAAGAGAACUACAAUUGCCAACUAUGAAUGCAGUUAUGUCUAAUGAAGAUGUUAUUUUAAUUAUGCCAACUGGCGGUGGUAAAAGUUUGUGUUAUCAGUUACCUGCUGUUAUUAGUAAGGGCAUAACAAUAGUAGUAUCACCAUUAGUAUCCUUAAUGGAGGAUCAAUUACAUGGAUUACAUAAAAACAAUGUAAAAGCUAUGAUGUUAAGUGCAAAAGGAAAUAAAGAAGAUGUAAAAAUUAUAAUGAAUGCACUUAUCGACAAGAAAUCUGACCUCAAACUGAUUUACGUCACACCAGAGUAUAUGGCAAAAUCAAAUCGUUUUAUGAGUAAAUUGCAAAAAGCUUUUGAAUUGAAACGUUUAGAUCGCUUUGCUAUAGAUGAAGUUCAUUGUUGCAGUCAAUGGGGUCAUGAUUUUAGGCCUGAUUAUAAAUUCCUAGGAAUUCUAAAGUCCAUGUUUCCAGGUGUACCAAUUUUAGGUUUGACUGCAACUGCUCCAGCCAAAAUUAUUGUGGAUGUUCAAAAAAUGUUAGAUAUUCAGGGUUGUUUAGUUCUAAGAGCUACUUUCAAUAGACCAAAUCUGUUUUAUGAAGUUCGUCGUAAACCAUCAGAUAAAAGUACAUGUUUAGCUAUGAUAGAAAACUUAUUAAAAAAUAGGUUUAAAGAUAAAUCUGGAAUAAUUUACACAACUACCAUAAAAGAUGCAGAACAACUAACAACUGAGUUAAGGUCAUUAGGUAUAAAAGUUGGAUGUUAUCAUGCAAUGUUAGAACCAGAAUAUAGGUCAGAAGUAUAUUCUAAGUGGAUAUCUGGGAAAUAUCAAGCAGUAGUUGCCACUAUUGCUUUUGGAUUGGGUAUUGAUAAACCAGAUGUAAGAUUUGUUAUUCAUCACUGUAUUUCAAAAUCGAUGGAAAACUUUUAUCAAGAGAGUGGACGCGCUGGUAGAGAUGGAAAAAAGUCAGCAUGUAUAGUAUUAUAUAGAUUACCAGAUGUAUUUAAAUUAAGCACAAUGGUAUUUCAAGAUAAAGUUGGUUUACAAAAUUUGUAUAAAAUGUUAGCAUACUGUUUAGAUCUAAGUUCAUGUAGACGUAGUUUAAUUGCAACUCACUUUGAAGAGACUUGGACUAAAAGUGAUUGUGCAGAAAUGUGUGAUCAUUGUAGAAAACCUAAAGAAAAAAAGGAAGUAAAUAUAAGCCUAUAUUGUAGACAAUUGUAUGAAAUAAUGACUAAAGCAGUACAAAGUGAAACAAGAUUGACUGCCUUAAAACUUAUAGAUGCUUGGUAUGGUAAGGGUGCCUCAACAUUAAGAGUAAAUUCUAUACCAGUGCCAAAAUUUACAAGAGAAUCAGGAGAAGCUAUAGUAGGACAUUUACUUGUGAAUGGGUAUUUGCAGGAAGAUUUUCAUUUUUCUGCAUAUUCUACAAUAUCUUAUUUAAAACGUGGACCUAAAGCAGCAUUAGUACUUGAUAAUAAUCAUAAAAUACUUUUUAAUUAUGAACUACAUUGAUGUAUAUUAUUACACCGCAAUCUGUGAUAUAAUGAUAUCUUUUACAAUUAUAACUAUUAAGCAACAGAAGUGUACAAUAUCAAAUACAGUAUCAUUUGGAUAUUUUUUUUAUGAAUUUGAGUGAAGCAAUAAAUUAAUACAAUAUAAUGAUUCAACUAUGA